AUGAUUUUCAGUAAAUAAACAGUAAAUACCUGUGACUAUGAAUAGUACUUUUAUACCGGUAUAAAUAUGAUGUUUCGUGACAAACUCGUCAUAGUCGGUGCAGUAAUUAUAACAAGAUGAAGUCCCUUUUCGUUAUUUUAGAGACGGUUACAUUAGUGUUAGUGGUUAACGGAAUUGACACAACGCCAAAGAACACUUUAGAGGAGAAUCUGUUAACUCUACUGACGAAAUGGAGAGCCGGGGAAAGAGGACCAUUUUCAUUUCCACUCCCUUCGCUCGAUGAAAUUAACAUACCAGCGGUAAACGGAAAUUAUGAUGGAUAUGGAGUGAGAAUAUCAUACGAAACGACUCAGCUCAAGCUGGUUGGUUUGAAGAAUUUCUCUGUCGAGGCGCUGGAUGCAUCUGAAGCCAGCCUGAAGGCCUCCGGGACCAUCACUAUACCGAUCCUUACUCUUAGUGCAGGUAUUGGACUCUUCUCUUAACGUACACUAGGUCGU